GGCAGACAAAGCCGCGGCUAAUGAAUGGGAGUGAGUCCGCCUGCGCGGCCGUCGUCCGCAGCCGGGCGGGAGCCGCCCCACGCCCGGCGCCCGCGAUCCCUGUCCGGCGUAGAAUUUGGAGAGGGACCAGAACUGGGCAGUGGAGCUGUUGCAGCAUGAAGAGCAGUGAUGGUGAGGCUGUGUUGUGGAGAGUUGGAAGAACAGUCCGUGGCGCUCUCCGACCUGCCCCAAGAUGGAGCACUUGUCACGACAUUGCCAUGGCUGCCACCUUCGCCUGUCUGGUGCUUCCAGACUUGCUCUAAGGAGAUUGCAGAUAUUACAGCACUUCACCUCUAAGUGUCCUUUUCUUCUAAGGAAAGGCAAAGGGAGGAAUUCCCUGGCGGUCCAGUGGUUAGGUCUUGGCGCUUCAGCACUUCCAUUGCCGUGGCCUGGGUUCAGUCCCUGGUCAGGGAACUAAGAUCCUGCAUGCCGCAGAGCGUGGCCCCCCAAAAAAAGAAAAAGAAAAGGCAAAGGGAUGUUCUUUCUCACCAGUAGUACAGCUGUGAAGGAAAUGAACGAUAAUCCCUCAUAACAUUCGGUGGCCAAGCCGCAGUCAGAUUUCCCUACUGUGUUUAUUAGCUUGUUUGUUCCAAACCAGAAUCUAGUCCAGGUCAUUGCACUGAGUCUGUCUCUUUAUCUUUAGCCUUUUUGAUUCUGGAACAAUAACCCGCCCCCAUUUUUUUCCAUGACACUGACUUUUUUAAGAGACUAGGCCAGUUGUCUUGCGAAUGUCCAUGUUUUGGGUUUGUUUGCCAUUUUCCUUCUUUGUCGUUUACAGUUGACCCUUGAACAACAUGGCAGGCGGUUAGGGGUGCCACCCUCCACAUAGUCGGAAAUCUGAGGAUAGGUUGUAGUCGGCCCUCGGUGUCCACGGCUGCUUCCCAUCCUCGGGUGCCACCAGCCUGGGACCUGCACAUCUUCACGUGGGUGCUGCUGGGCUUCCUGUUUGCUGCCCUCAGAGGCUGUCCUUUGGGGACCGACGCCCACUUUCUAGGGCUGUUGUUCUUUCUUUCUGUGUUUUGUCUGUGUUUCCCUCGUCCAUUACAUUCAAGGAAGACAGGAAAAAUGCUGAAUUCUGUCCUUGUAGUACCUCUUUCUGGGGAGCAGUGGCUGUAAUAGUCACCUGCAUUGUGGCAGAUGUUUUUAUUUGUCCUUUUUCUUCUUUGAGUAUCAGUGCUAGCAGGUUUUCAUUUAUUCAGUACAUUGUAAUCUAUUAAAGUCCUCUGGUUCUGUUUUUUUGGUGUUCAGACAGUUGUGACCGACCCGUCGGGCACCCCGGCGAAGCCGGCUCCGUGUGCUGCUUUGGCAUCAUCCUGGCAGCGCUUCCCUUCUGCCGCCUUCCGUUCCUUUGCCAGAGCUGCAGUCAGCUCUUUCUGCAGAGCGCUUUGGUUCCCUUCAGUGCAGAAGGUAUUCAGAAAGCAAGAUCUAGGUAUUAGAUCUGUUUGUUGUCUUUGUGUAUUAUUGCAGCUUUAAGUGCUGGUCUGGUGCACAGAGCUAGGAAAUGUAUCUUUAAAACAUCAAGAGUUAUACUGAUAUUUUCAAUGCAGAUUUAAAAUUAUAUAGUUUUACUUCUUUGAUUUUUAAAAAAUGUCUUUUUGUUUACUUUUUUAAAUUUAUUUAUUAAUUUUUGGCUGUGUUGGGUCUUUGCUGCUGCACGCGGGCUUUCUCUAGUUGUGGCGAAUGGGGGCUACUCUUCCUUGCAGCGCGCAGGCUUUUCGUUGCCGUGGCUUCUCUUGAUGCGGAGCACGGGCUCUAGGUGCGCGGGGUUCAGUAGUUGUGGCACACGGGCUUAGUUGCUCCAUGGCAUGUGGGAUCUUCCCAGACCAGGGAUCAAACCCGUGUGCCCUGCGUUGGCAGGCAGAUUCUUAACUGCUGCGCCACCAGGCAAGGUCCCUCUGUCUUUUUCUUAUCCUGAAAAUUUUGAUUAUUUUUUUUAAUUAAUUUUUAUUGGAGUAUAGUUGCUUUACAAUGUUGUGUUAGUUUCUACUGUACAGCAAAGUGAAUCAGCUAUAGGUAUACAUAUAUCCCCUCUUUUUUGGAUUUCCUUCCCAUUUAGGUCACCACAGGGCAUUGAGUAGAAAAUUAUGAUUCCUUAAUGCCAUUGGCAUGAUUACUUAUUUGUUUUAUGCUAAAGUACACAAAAAAUGGGUCAAAUGACAAUAUUAUGUUACUACUGCUAAUGAAAUCACUUAGCAAAAUUUAAGGUGUUUUUUUGUUUUUAAGUUCUUUUUGUCUUUAGUAUAUAUUGUGCUUUGGAUGAAUAAAGUCCUGUGUGUUAAAGCCCCUUGGUGAACAUUCUUUGUCUGUGUUAUGGUUGCUUAUUUGAUACACAAUUAGGCCUAUUUGUUUCAGAUUUGGACUUUUCUAAAUUUUAAUGUACAGAUAAUCACGUGGCUCAAAAGUCAACAUUAUAUAAAAGAUACGAUCAGAAAUCUCACUUGCAUUCGUAUCUCCUCCACUCUUUAUAGGCAACCUUUUUUUUUUUAAUUUUUUUUUUGGCUGUGUUGGGUCUUAGUUGCUGUGCGCGGGCUUUCUCCAGUUGCGGUGAGCGGGGGCUACCCUUUGUUGUGGUGCGUGGGCUUCUCAUUGCGGUGGCUUCUCUUGUUGCGGAGCACGGGCUCCAGGCGCGCGGGCUUCAGUAGUUGUGGUACGCGGGCUCAGUAGCUGUGGCUCGUGGGCUCUAGAGCGCAGGCUCAGUAGUUCUGGCACACGGGCUUAGUUGCUCUGCGGCAUGUGGGAUCUUCCCGGGCCAGGGCUCGAACCCGUGACCCCUGCAUUGGCAGGCGGAUUCUUAACCACUGCACCACCAGGGAAGCCCCUGUAGGCAACCCUUUUUAUUUCUACUUUAUCCUGCAAAAAUAAGCACACACACAUAUAUUUGUAACUUCCCUUGUUUUCCCUCCUGUCUUUCAUAAAACGUAACAAAUACUAUUUAUGCUAUGUGUCUUGCUUUUUAUUCAACAGCCUGUGUAUGUAUCAGUCUUUAUUGGUGGGUGUUUGAGUGGUUUUCCAUUCUGGCUGUGAACUGCAAUGACUGACCUUGGGCAGGUGGUGUUUUGUAUUUGAUGGGGCCGUCUCUGGGGUCUGUGCCUGGCAGCGGAUUGCUGGGUCCCUGGGUAAAUGUAAUUUGGAACGUGUUUCCCAAGUCCCCUGCAAAGGUGCCGUCCCACUUGCUCUCCAUCAGCACUCUUCCCAGCCCCACCGAGAGGUGCUACCAAGGUUUGGGGUCUUUCCAGUCUCAUCCGGUGAGACUUGAAGUAGUUUCCUUUAAUGUGCUUCAACUUCAACGUGAAAAAUGGAAAAAUAUACUUUACUAAGUUGGCUAUGUCUGGUAUCAAAGCAGAUGAGGGCAUUGAGUGAAAGUUGUAAGUCACGGAGCCCGGCCGGCCUCUGCAGGGUGAGAACUGGGAAACGCUGCCCAUGGGAAUUCAUUGUGACACUUACUUCUGCAAGUACAGUAGUUUGGAGCACAGUUUCUUCAAUUCUUAAAAUAAAAAAUAACCAUAUAUUCUCUAAGUCAGAACACAUGCCUGAAAUUGAGAAUUUUCCAUACAUUUUGGUUUUUUCUAGCCCAUGGAAAGUAUCCUCUGAUGAGCUACCUUUACUUUUAGGUGUUUUCGGCUUUGAAACUAAAAAAUGUCAAGUGAAUUUCAGAAAAUGUGGGUUUUGGAUGCCUCCUUUCUACCCCUCAUCCUCCUCUCCCAGUCUCUGCUCAGAAUUUAGGAUCGCCGUGCUCACUGUUCAGUGUACCUGUAUUUUCUUAAUCUCCUCGGUGCUUCAGAGCGGUCCUCUAGCUGUCAAGAGAUGGGUGGGGCUGAGUGAGACGGGGCAGCCUCUGCCCUGGGGGGCCAGGGGCUGCGGGCAGCGUCCACAACAAGGAAACUGACUGGAUUUGUUCUAGAAGGACCGUUUCCCUUAUUGUCAUUGAUUGCCCUGUUUAAUAUUCAUGCCAAUUGAUCUUAUUUUAGACUAAAUCUGAUUCGCUGGAGAACAGAAGCAGAACCACGGAACGGCUGGUUCCAGAUGCCAUCCAGAUGCACGGUAAAUAGUGGGAGCCCUUACAAGUUGGCGCCUAGAUCCUUCUGACACAAUUCUCAUCCUCUCUCAGAGGUUCCUGGCUCUCUUGUAUGCCAGAAUGUUCUAGGCUCAUUUUGUAUUCUUCCUGCCCAAGACCUGCAAUCAGCCAUUCCUUCAAAAGCCCUGCUCUUCUUUAAUGGGAAAUGGUGUUUCACAACCAUAGUCUGGAUAUCAGAUAAUGCAGAAGGAUCACUGUGCCAUCAAGAUGACGGCGAUCCUGUGUCUGAGGCAAGCAGGUCCCCGCUGCGUGAAUGCGUGUCCACACCGUGAAGUGUUUAAGAGUAGAACUCCUGGAAAGCAGCGGUCCGCACCCUAAUGACAUGCUCACGAGUUCCCUAGUCUACUUCUCAGUAAGAUUUAUGAUUAGCCAUAUUCAUAAACAUCCCGAAAGAUAGGAUUCUUUUGAAAGAACUGAAGAUAACAUACAUUUGGGGGCACAGAUGAGCAUUUGGAUCAGUUUCCUACCAACCUAGGAGGUCAGCAUCACGAAGCAGCCAGAAUAGUUAUGGUCGGUCAUGGAGAAUGACCAGGAGACUCAUCCCAAAGGGGAUGGUGAUUUUGUUUCUGAUAAAAUAAAUUUUAAAAUAGAAGAGGAAGAUGAUGAUCAAAUCCCUAAUCACAGUUUGGAAAGAAUGGACUUUAAAAACGAGCAGGAGGGCAGGAAACGGGCUGACAGUGGUGACGAACGGGCAGAGGGCAGAGAGGCAAGCUGCGGCUGCCAGCCCCCCGGGAGGCGCGUCUCCCCUGACCCCGAGGACGACUACGGGGCCCUGUUGUCACAGUACAGCAGCACCCUGUACAGCGUGGCCAUGGAGGCCGUGACGCAGAGCUUGCUCUCCGGCCGCGGCAUCGGCUCCAGGAAGAAGUCCCCGGCUUGGAAGCAUUUUUUCAUCUCACCCCGGGACAGCACGAAGGCCAUCUGCACGUACUGUAUGAAGGAGUUCAGCAGGGGCAAGAACGAGAAGGACCUGAGCACCAGCUGCCUGAUGCGGCACGUGAGGCGGGCGCACCCCACCGUUCUCGUGGAGGACAACGGCAGCGCGCCAGCCCCAGCCCCCCUCCCUGCCCCUCUGCCGCGGCUCCCACCACCGCCUGCUGACGCCGGAGACCCGGGCACCGUCCUCUCACCUGGCAAACUCGUCCCCAGAACGGCUUCCAAGAGCCCGUCUCCCCAUCAGGUAACAGAGGAACCUGGCUCUGUGGUUUCUUCCGAAGAGGCCCCCUCCGACGUGUCAGUCUCUGAGAGGUACAGCAAGGAUGAAGCCCUGGCGGGACCGCCUCCCCAGCCCCCCAGCCUCCACUGCGACGAGCCUGCAGAGAACGGGGCUGAGAAAAACCUCCCCCUGCCCAGGAGCGCAUCCGGGUCCAGGAGGAGGUCCGCCGUCUGGAAGCACUUCUACCUGUCGCCCCUGGACAACUCCAAGGCCGUGUGCAUCCACUGCAUGAACGAGUUCAGCCGGGGGAAGAACGGGAAGGACCUGGGCACCAGCUGCCUCAUCAGGCACAUGUGGCGGGCACACCGCUCCAUUGUGCUGCGGGAAAACGGUGGGGGCGCUGGCGUGCCGCCCCCCUACUCCGCGCCCCCAACCCUGCUGCCCACUCCGCCGCCGCCCGACGGAGAGCCCAGCCCCGCAUCCUCGUCUCCGGGGAAGCCGGUCCAGGACUCCACCUCCGCGCCCUCCUCCCCCGACCGGCUUGUGGAGGACCCGCCAGCGCACUGGAACCCCGGAGACACUCCAGUGGAAGACGCGUGGGUGUUGUCCUCCUCCUCUGACGUGGGCGAGGCCUCGUGGGCAUCGUCUCCCGAGAAGCAGCCGGGCGACGCGCCCAGCCCUCGCCCUCUCGAGUCCGGUGCCGUGUUCCAGCAGAACAAGAAGGUCAUGAGGAGGCUGAAGUCGGAAGUCUGGCAUCACUUCUCGCUGGCCCCCACGGACAGCCUCAAGGCUGUGUGCAGACACUGUGGCUGCGUCAUCAGCCGGGGAAAGAAGGGUGACGUGGGCACAAGCUGUUUGAUGCGGCAUCUCUACAGGCGCCACCCGGAGGUCGUUGGGAACCAGAAGGGCUUUCUGGGGGCCAGCUUGGCGAAUUCGCCAUACGCCACCUUGGCUUCUGCAGAAACUUCCUCCUCCAGAUUAACUGACCUGCCGACCAUGGUCACAAAAAACAAUCAAGUUACGUUUCCCGUCAACAGCAAAAAGACCUCAAAGUUGUGGAAUCAUUUUUCUCUCUGCUCCGCAGACCCCACGAAGGUCGUGUGCUUGCACUGUGGCCGGACGAUCAGCAGGGGCAAGAAGCCGACAAACCUGGGCACCAGCUGCCUCCUGAGGCACCUGCAGAGGUUCCACGGCGCUGUGCUGAAGCCCGACGCCCCCAGGGCGGCGCCACCCUCCCCUCCCGGUGCCCACGGGCCCCUGAGCUCAGAGUCGGCCGGCGCCUCCUCCCGCGAUGACAUCAGCGAGAAGUUUUAUGAUUCGCAUCCAGUUGCCAAAAAGAUAACAAGUCUCAUUGCUGAAAUGAUCGCACUUGACCUCCAGCCGUACUCGUUUGUGGACAACGUUGGCUUCAAUAGACUGCUCGGAUACUUGAAACCUCAGUACUCUCUGCCCCCUCCGUCCUACUUCUCCAGGACAGCCAUCCCAGGUAUGUACGACAAUGUGAAACACAUCAUCAUGUCACAUCUCCAGGAAGCCGAGAGUGGUGUGGUCCACUUCACGUCUGGAAUAUGGAUGAGCAGCCAGACCCGGGAGUACCUGACCCUCACCGCCCACUGGGUCACCUUCGAGUCGUCGGCCCGACCGCACUGCGAGGACCACCACUGCUCGGCGCUGCUGGACGUGUCGCAGGUGGACUGCGACUACAGCGGCAGCAGCAUCCAGAAGCAGCUGGAGUGCUGGUGGGAGGCCUGGGUGACGUCGACGGGCCUGCAGGUGGGCAUCACGGUCACCGACAACCCCAGCAUAGGCAAGACGCUGAACGAGGGGGCACGCUCGAGCGUGCAGUGCUUCAGUCACACGGUCAGCCUCAUCGUCAGCGAAGCCAUCAAGAGCCAGAGGCUGGUCCAGAACGUACUCAGCACCGCACGGAAGAUAUGCGAGCGGGUCCAGCGGUCGCCGCGGGCGAAAGCAAAGCUGGCGGAGCUGCAGGAGGAGUACGAGCUGCCGCCCCACCGCCUCCUGCAGGACGUGCCAUCCGAGUGGAGCACGUCGUUUCACAUGCUGGAGCGGCUGAUCGAGCAGAAGAGGGCAGUGAACGAGCUGUCCGUCGAGUGUAACUUCCGGGAGCUCAUCAGCUGCGACCAGUGGGAGGUGAUGCAGUCCGUGUGCCACGCCCUGAAGCCCUUCGACGCCGCCCGGCGGGAGAUGAGCGCCCACGUGUCCACACUCAGCCAGGUCAUCCCCAUGAUCCACAUCCUCAGCAGGAGGGUGGAGAUGCUGUUCGAGGAGACCAUGGGCAUCGACACCAUGCUCAAGUCCCUCAGGGAGGCCAUGGUGAGCCGCCUGUCCGCCACCCUCCACGACCCCCGGUACGUGCUGGCCACCCUGCUGGACCCGCGCUACAAAGCCUCCCUCUUCUCCGAGGAGGAGGCCGAGCAGUACAAGCAGGACUUAAUCAGGGAACUCGAGACGCUGAAUUCUACCUCAGAGCCUGCGCCCGCCCCCAGCGGACGUGACCCAGGCUGCCCGCCGAGAGACCGUGCUGGGGAGGAGAGCCUGUGGUCGCUUAUGGCCAGGAUGAAGAAGGCCGAGCCCGGAGGGAGGACGAGGGUCCCGGAGGACAUGGUGCUCGCCUACCUGGAGGAGGAGGUGCUGGAGCACGCCUGCGACCCACUCGCCUACUGGAACCUGAAGAGGGCGGCCUGGCCAGGCCUCUCCACCUUGGCCGUGCGGUUUCUGGGCUGCCCCCCGAGCAUCGUCCCCUCCGAGAGGCUGUUCAGCACACCCACCGAGAACGGCAGCUUUGGCCAGUCCAGGCUCAUGAUGGAACAUUUCGAGAAACUUAUUUUUCUGAAAGUGAAUCUUCCCUUAAUAUGCUUCCAGUAUUGAAGCUCACGGUGGAGCCACCAGACGAGAAACAGCAUCUGUCCCGGGCUGGCGGCUCGCUGCGGUCGGGGCCCUGCGGGACAGCAGGCCGGGCGCUCAGGUCCACAUCCACGGGAGGCUCCCGUCCCGGCCCUCGCCGUCAUGUCCACAUGUGCCUUACCCAGUCCUUCAGGCCAGGUACCACGGUGUGUUUUUUAAGAAGUCCAGUAGAAACAGCCUGUCUUGUCAGUUAUGGAAUACAAUGAUUAGGUUUUUAUUCGUAACUGUAAAAUUUUUUAAAAGUUGGGGGUUAGAAGUUUGUUUUACUAGAAUGGCAGAGGAGAUAUAAGCAGUUUUAUUCUGUAGGCUUUUUAUUCGAUUAUGUAAAAACCACAAAUCAGGUACUGUAUUUUAGUUUAAAAUUGCUUUAAUUGCAACAAAACAGCUUUUGUGGCUGUCAGAUAAAAUCUGUAUAUAGGAGGUGGAGUUCAAGCCAUCCUGACGGAGCAGUUCCUGGCUGCGGGCUCUAAAGUACGUUCAGGGGACGGCGAGGAUUCUGGGAGGUGACUGUUUACACAACAGAGACAUGGCAUUCGAAGACAAGCCUGCACUCACAUGUAUCACGGAAUGUCCGUCGUGUAGGGUUCAGGGGAGAGAGCACUACCGUUUCAGGGGUUUGCCCUCGGUGCCACGUGGGCUGUUAGCUGGGACACAUCCCCGCCGUUCACAGUGAGCGCCGGUGGUGCCUGCUGUGUAGCUGGUGCACAGUGUGACACGUUUACAGCAUCCUGUUGAUGGAAUCUCCAAGCCUCUGACUCAGCGGCUCUACACCAUGAAGCUAUCUUGAAAUUUGUGCACUGACCCCCAAUUUGAUCAAAUUAUGUAUACAGUCCCUUUUAGAAGAGGUGGCUUAUUAACAGGGAAGAAGAUUGCUAUAAUACAGUUGUAAGAAUAGCCUUAGGUGUUUAGAUUUUCUUUUUGAUAAUAGGGAAGAUUCAGCCAUCAAUGGGAUAUUUUAGAAUCCCAAGGACAUCGACAUGGAGUAUCAGUCAUCAGGUUUUUUUUAACAAUAAUACGUCUUCAAAGUCUUUGCCUCAGUGUCUAGAAAAGGGUUCAUUUUCUUAUUUCAAACCAGGUAAAAUACUGGGUGAAACAAGUCACUGAUUUGCCUGUGACCUUUUAGAAAAGUUGUCGUUUUGUUAAAAUACUGUACCUAUUAUUAAUCUGAAUUUGCAUUGACUAUGUUUUAGUGUAUUUAUAAGUGGUGAACUCAGUUUCUGAAAUUAAACUUUUUAUUUGCCAUUUUCUACUGCUGGAGGACACUGGCUUUUUAUUCUUAGGAUAACAAAACAGUCCUACUCUUGGGGGCCAACAUACACAGAAACCACAUUCAUGCAGCCUUUGGAUUUUCACCUUAGCCCCAGGUGGGACCCAGGGGAAGUGGAGGAGUAAUUCUUACAACAGCAUUUCUGAUAGUGGCAGUGAUGUAUGAGAACUUCCCAGGUCUUGUGUUCAGAGCGAGUGCUGUGCAGCCUGUGGUGUUGGAGGGGAAGAGCAGCCACUGUGGAAAGUAGUGUGGAGGCUCCUCCAAGAAUCGUAUGCUACCAUGUGACCCAGCAAUCCCACUCCUGGAUAUUUUUCUGAAGAAGGCAAAAACACUAAUUUGAAAAGAUACAUGUACCCCCAUGUUCAUAGCAACAUUAUUUAUGAUAGCAAGAUAUGGAAGCAACUAAAGUGUCCAUCAACAGAUGAAUGGAUAGAGAAGAUAUGGUGUGUGUGUGUAUAUAUAUAUAUGUAUACAUAUAUAUACACACAAUGGAAUAUUACUUAGCCAUAAAAAAAAUCUUGCCAUUUGCAACAAAAUGGAUAGAUCUGGAGAGUGUUAUGCUAAGUGAAAUAAGUUGGACAGAGAAAGACAAAUACCACAUGAUUUCACGCAAAUGUGGAAUCUAAAAACAAAAUGAAACAGGAACACACUCAUAGAUACAGAGAAUAAACUGGUAGUUUCCAGAAGGGAGAGGAUGAGGGACGAGUGAAACAGGUGAGGGAGAGGAAGAGGCACAAACUUCCAUUGACAAAACGAGUCACCAGGUUGUAAUGUACAGCAUAGGGCAUAUAAUCAGUAAUAUUGUAAUAAAUUUGUGUGGUGACAGAUGGUAACCAGACUUAUUGUGAUCAUUUUCAUAACGUAUAAAAAUAUCGGAUCACUAUGUGGUAUACCUACAUCGUAUGUCAGUUAUAGUUCAAUUAAGAAAAAUCCAUUAGUGUCAGAAUGAGAAAGGGUCUGGGAAGAUGGCGGAGUAGGAGCACCGCAAGUCCCCGUCCCCUGCCGGAAUCGUCUGCCGUAACUGUCGGGAACUCUGGAGAAUACAGAAGGUUUGUAACCCCCAGGGGAGACUUGCAGGGUGGCAGCGCCCCACCCCCCAGCCCCAGCCACCUGGCAGGCAGCUGUGCGUGGGUCCUAGAGCAGCUUGCACACAGCUUGCAGGAGCCAGGGCGGGGAAAGAAAGGACCCUGUCCUCCAGAUAGUGGGGAUCUGUGCUCUGUUAGCUCAUCACUGCUUCUGAUCUCACAGGUGCAGAGAAAGAGGCAGGUGCCGUUGUUGUGCCUCCCCCGCCCCCUGCACCCCCGCUUUGUUGCAAGACCCUCUUCCCCUUCUCCAGUGUCUUCCAGGGGAUUUAAAGGGCCAGAGCCCUUUUUUUAAAAAAAAAUAUUUUUUAUUUAUUUACUUUUGGCUGCAUUGCGUCUUCAUUGUUGCGCCCGGGCUUUCUCUAGUUGCAGCGAGUGAGGGCUACCCUUCGUGGCGGUGCGUGGGCUUCUCAUCGUGGUGGCUUCUCUUUUUGUGGAGCACGGGCUCUAGGCACACGGGAUUCAGUAGUUAUGGCACAUGGGCUCAGUAGUUGUGGCUCACGGGCUCUAGAGUACAGGCUCAGUAGUUGCGGUGCACGGGUUUAGUUGUUCUGCGGCACGUGGGAUCUUCCCGGACCAGGGAUCGAACCCGUGUCCCCUGCAUCGGCAGGUGGAUUCCCAACCACUGCGCCACCAGGGAAGUCCCCAGAGCCCUUUCUUAAUCCCCUGUAUUUUUUGCUUUUCCCCUUUCAGGAGUCAGACAUUAAAGACUAAGGACAUAUAAAAAUAACUGCAUAUAUGAGGAGAAUUAGAAUGUGACUACUUGUGCCCAGGGAACGGCUCAGAAAACACUUAAGAAGACAUUAAGUUUACGCCUCAGGCUGACCCUUGGCACAAAGACAAUCAAAAACAAAACCUAGGGAAAGCACAAAGCCUAGGGAAGAGGAAGAAUCUGAUUUCCAGAGUCACCAAAUUGUUAGAUGAAAAUGUCCAGUGCACAAAAAAAAAAUCGCAAGGCAUACAAAGAAACGGGAAAGUAUGGUCAAAAUACUUUUUACCCAAAGGAAAAAAAUAAUUCAACAGUCUCUCCCUGAAAAAAAGACCUGAUGGUGGGUAUACUGGCCAGAGGCUUUAAAACAGCACUCUUAAAGAUGCUCAAAGAACUAAAUAGGACAUGGAGAAAGUCAAGAAAAUAAUGUAUGAAAAAAUGGAAAUAUCAGUAAAGACAUAGAAAACCUAAAAAACCAAAAUGAAAUUUGGAGCUGAAAAGUACAACUGAGAUGGAAAUUUCACUAGAAAGAUUCAAAGGCAGAUUUAAGCAGAAUGAAUAAAGAAUCAGCAACUAUGAAUAUAGUACAAUGGAAAUCAUCAAGUUUGAGAAACAGAAAAAAGAUUGAAGAAAAGUGAACAGAGCUAAGGGAUAUGUGGGCACCACUAAGCAAGCCAACAUACGUACUGUGGGAGUCCCAGAGGAAGAAGUUAUGGGUGGGGGCAGAAAGAAUAUGUGAAGAUAUAAUGGCCGAUAACUUCCCAAAUUUGAUGAAAGACACAAAUAUAAACAUCCAAGAAGCUCAUGAACUUCAAGUAAGAUGAACUCAAAGAGACCCACACUAAGACAUGUUAUAUAAUCAAACUGUCAAAAGGCAGAGAAUCUUGAAAGCAUCAAGAGAAGUGACUCACCACACACAAGGAUCAUCAAUAAAAUAUUAGCAGAUUUCUCACCAGAAACCUUGGAGCCCAGAAGACAAUGGGCUGAUAUAUUCAAAGUGCUAAAUGAAAAAAAACUGUCCAUCAGGAAUUUUAUAUCUGGCUAAACUAUCCUUCAAAAAUGAGGGAGAGGGAUUUCCCUGGCAGUCCAGUGGUUAAGACCCCACACUUCCACUGCAGGGAGCAUGGGUUUGAUCCCUGGUCUGGGAACUAAGAUCCUGUAUUCCACGUGACGCAGCCAAAAAAAAAACGAGGGAGAAAUUAAGACGAUCCCAGAUACGCAAAAGCUGAGGGAGUUAGUGACCACUAGACCUGCCCUGCAAGAAAUGCUCAAGGGAGCCCUGCAGGUGAGAUGAAGGGACAUCAGACAGUGACUCAAAGCCAUGUGAAGAAAUGAAGUGUUCAGAGAGGUAAAUAUAUAUGCAGCUACAAAACCUAGUAUUAUUGUGAAGAUGCAUUGUAACUCCACUUUUGGGGGGUUUUUUUCCCCAUGUUUAAGAGACUAAUACAUUAAAAAAGAAAAAAUAUAUAUAUAUACAUUCACAAACAUAUAUAUAUAUACUUCCAGUUUUUAGUUCUGCGUGUGAGGAGCUUGGAAAUUGCAACUCCAUCCUAACAAGUAAAAAGCAGAACAAUCUGAAAAAUCAAAAACUCUUCUUGGCGGACACAGGUCAAACUGUUGCCCCCAAGACUGGGGAGACAGGCAAGUACAGUGAAUCACGGUUUACCAGAGUAGAGAGUCAGGAGUGCAACCUGGCCUGGGAAACCAGUUCUGGGGCAGAAGAACUUAAACUGCAGUUGAUGUAUUUUUGGAGACUCAAAGUCGUCAGCAACUGUGAGAGUUAAGAACUCCGGGGGAGCCAGUCAUAAGGGAGCCCACACAAUACUGUGAGAUUUACCCCUGGAGCAUGAUCAGGUUCCCAAGUAAAUAUCAAAGUCCCCUCAAGCUUUCUGCAGGGGGAGGGAAGGAACCAUUUCCUAAUGGGACAGAGGACUCUGCUCUCCUUAACAAGGCUGCUCUCAAGGAAAACUUGUUAACCAGAGCCUGACCUGCUGGGGUGUUAUCAGAGCCUAACUGACCAGGGGAAGGGAAGUGCCCAGCUCCAGCCUCCUCUGGGCAGCCUGUCCCAACCAAGGGGAGAAAAAGGACUGAGAAACACUUGUGAAGGUCACAGUCCAGAGGCACAGGCUCGGUAAAAGAACUGAGGCCUGAUCACAGGACCAUAGAAGGCUUCCCCUCUCCC